CAAAUACAUUUAUAUUAAGAUUUAAAUGCCUCCUAAAAAGGAAUAACAAGAAGAGAAGAAGAAUAAGUUGGGAAGACCCAGCAAUACUCUCAAGAUGGGUAUUGUAGGUAUGGCAAAUGUGGGUAAGGGAUGCAUUUAUGAAAAAUAGGAAAAUCGACCACAUUUAAUACUUUGUGUAAAUUGAAUGUUCCAGCUGAAAAUUAUCCAUUCUGCACAAUAGAUCCAAACAAUGCCAAAGUCCCUGUUCCAGAUGAGAGAUUUAUUAAACUAUGUCAAAUGCACAAACCAAAAAGUGAGAUUCAGGCUGUCUUGAGCAUAGUUGAUAUUGCUGGGUAUUAAUAAAAUAAUACUAAAAUAGAUUGGUACCAGGAGCACAUAAGGGAGAAGGAUUGGGGAAUGCUUUCUUGUCACACAUAAAAGAAUGCGAUGGAAUUUAUCAUGUAGUGAGAGCAUUCGAAGAUGAGAAUGUUUGUCAUACUGAAUUGUCAGUUGAUCCAAUUAGGUAGAAUAGACAACUAUUUCAUUAGAGAUAUGGAUAUCAUUUCUACUGAGUUGUUGUUGAAGGAUUUGGAAUUCUGCAACAAUAGAUUGGCUGAAACAGAACACGUAAUUAAGAGAAACAACAAUAAAGAUGCUAGAGAAGAAAAGGAAGUCUUGGACAAAGUCAAAUUGUUGUUGGAGAAUAAGAAGUGGGUAAGAACAGGAGAUUGGAAUUUCAAGGAGGUUGAAAUAUUGAAUAAAUACUAUUUCAUUACAGCAAAGAAUGUAGUCUAUUUGGUGAACCUAAGUCAACAAGAUUUUAUGACUAGAAAGAAUAAAUGGUUGAAAGGUAUUAAGGAUUGGGUUGAUGCCAAUUGUCCAGGAGAUAUUAUACCAUACAGUGCAGAUUUGGAAAAAGCUAUUUUUGAAGAGUAAUUCAUUUUAUUCUAAAUUAAGAACUUAAGCAGGUACCAUAACAUAAGAGAGAUCAAAAUUAUCUAUGUUGCCAAGGAUCAUCAAAACUGGAUACAAAACUUUAGAUUUGAUUUAUUUCUUUACUGCUGGAGAAGAUGAAGUCAGAUGUUGGACCAUUAGAGCAGGAACCAAGGCUCCUCAAGCUGCUGGAGUUAUCCAUACAGAUUUUGAAAAGGGAUUCAUUUGUGCUGAAGUUAUGAAGUAUGAAGAUUUUGUCCAUUUGGGUACCAUCACAGCAGUCAAGGCUGAAGGUAAGUAUAGACAAUAGGGUAAGGAGUAUGUUGUAGAAGAUGGAGAUAUCUGUUUCUUCAAAUUUAAUGUUGGAGGCGGAGGCAAAAAAUGAGUGUUAGAAUAUUAAUAUCACAUUAAGUAUAUUAAAUAGAUAG